AUGGACCGACUCGAUGACAUCCUGAGGCGGUAUACUGUCCAGGGAGAGGACACCAAAGACAGGCUUCUCGGUGCAGCAUUCGUAGUGACGGACAAAGAAGGCAAGUUUCCAACCCACCGCCCUCUCAACACCAACAAAAGGACCAUCUACAGCGGCUCAUCCGGCCGCCUCCAUCUUGACCUUAAAUCGCCCCUCUUCACAGAGAAGUCCUUCACAUGGGUAGCCUCCCUCACCAAGCUCGCCACGACCAUCUCCAUCCUGCAGCUCGUCGAACGGGGUCAGCUCGACCUCGACGCCGACCUACGCCAUCUCGUCCCGGAGCUCCAGGACGCCAGCAUCCUCCGUGAGUUUGACGAGAGUGACAACCCCGUCAUCGAGGCCAACACCAAGCCCAUCACCAUGAGGCAGCUGCUCACCCACACAUCCGGCUUCAGCUACGAGUUCUCCGACCCGGUCCUACUCCAGUGGUCGCGCACCCAGCCCAACCGCAACGUCUCGCGCCUUCAGUGGUCCAAGCUAGAAGUCACCACGCCGCUGCGAUUCACCCCCGGCGAGAGCUGGGGAUACGGCGUCGGACUGGACUGGGCUGGCCAGGUCCUCGAGGCCCUCACUGGCAAAUCCCUCGGCCAGUACAUGCAGGAGAACAUCCUCGAUCCCGUCGGUCUCAACGACACGGGCUUCUGGCCCGAGAGGAUCCCACACACGGCGCCCAGGACCGCGCAAAACGUCCAGCGCACAAAGGACGGGAAGCUCGCUGCCGCGUACUGGCCCACCCCCGAGAAGCACGAGAUUGAGUCCGGCGGCGGCGGGUGGUUCACGACGGCCAGCGACUACGCGCUGUUCCUCCGGGCGUUUCUGGCGGGGAGGCUGGUCUCGGAGGAGACGAUGAGGGAGAUGUUCAAGCCGCAGCUGAACGAGGCGCAGGCCGAGUAUCUGAGGACGAUUGCUUUCCACCCCAUGGUUCACAAUACGUUUGCGCCCGAGUUUAAGCCCGGCACGAAUAUUGACCAUGGCCUGGGGGGCAUGCUGAAUGUUGAGGAUGUACCAGGCAAGAGGAAGGCGGGAAGUAUCGCGUGGAGCGGGAUUCUCAACAGUCGAUGGUCUCUUGUUCGUUCUCUGCAGUGGGUUGACCCGAAGACGGGCAUUGCAGGCGUUCUUAUUGUCAAUGUUCGGCCCAACGGCGACCCUGUUGUGGCCAAGUUGUAUGAUGAGCUGGAGCUUGCUGUAUACGGCCAGCUUUUGGGACAGGCUGCUGUCCAGAGUCGUAUUUAA